AUGGCUGAUGUUGGAUCCACAACAUGGGUUGAUACGGUGUUUGCACAUAAUUUCAUCUCCUACACUAGUGACCAUAACCAGACUGCUUUUCAUCGUGUGCAAGCCACCUCGGGUCGAAAAAAUGACAAGCUUUCCUCAUUUGCAGAUGUCCAAUUCUCAAACCUGUGCGGUACCGUAUACACAGGUGGAAAUCUGCUCUUCACUCCCGAUGGCAAUUCAGUCCUCAGUCCAGUCGGAAACCGUGUUUCGGUCUUUGACUUGGUCAACAAUAAAUCAUACACCAUGCCUUUUGACAUGAGCAAGAACAUUGUCUGCAUGGCACUCUCUCCACAAGCUACCCUUUUGAUUACAAUCGAUCAAGACGGUAGAGCAUUGUUGGUCAACUUCCCCCGUCAAGUUGUUCUUCACCAUUUCAACUUUAAAGAAAAAGUCAAGGCGAUUCAAUUCAGCCCUGAUGGUAAACACUUUGCAGUCACUCAUGGAAAGAAUGUCCAGAUCUGGAAAACUCCUGGAUUCACUCUUGAAUUCGCUCCAUUUGUACUUCAUCGUACUUACACCGGUCAUUACGAUGAUAUUGUCAAUAUCAACUGGAGCCCUGACUCAAAAUAUUUCAUGACAUCUUCUGAGGAUUUGAGUAUUCGUAUUUUCACUGUUGAUCCUUUGCCUGAUUUUGUUCCUCCAGUAUUGUCUGGUCAUCGUGAUACAGUUAUGGGUGCCUGGUUCUCGGCUGAUAGACAAAAUAUUUAUUCUGUCAGUAAAGACGGUGCAUUAUUCCAUUGGAAAUAUGGUACCUACACUGGCCUUAGAGAUUUGAAUCCCGAAGAUAUGGAUGUAGACGAGGGUAAUGAAUGGGUUGAUAAGGUGCGCUGGAGAAUCAUGAAAAAGCAUUACUUUAUGCAAACUCCAGCAAAGGUCAAAUCAUGCGAAUUUUUUGCACCUAGCAACUUGAUGGUUGUCGGUUUCUCAAACGGUAUUUUUGGUCUCUAUGAAGUUCCCAGCUUUAACACUAUUCACACAUUGAGUAUUUCACAAAAGAACAUUGAUACUGUCACCAUUAACCGAACAGGUGAAUGGUUAGCUUUUGGAUCAGCCAGACUUGGCCAAUUGUUAGUGUGGGAGUGGCAGUCAGAGACCUAUGUAUUGAAGCAGCAAGGUCAUUUCUACGACAUGAACUCAUUAUCAUAUUCUGCUGACGGUCAGACAUUGGCUACUGGUGGUGACGAUGGCAAGGUAAAAGUCUGGAACACAACCUCUGGAUUCUGCUAUGUUACGUUUAGUGAACACAAGAGUGGUGUGAGCGCAGUUGAGUUUGCCAAACAGGGCAAGGUUCUCUUCUCUGCCAGUUUGGACGGCACUGUCCGUGCAUUCGAUCUUGUGCGUUACCGUAACUUCAGAACCUUCACAAGUCCCAACCCAGUCCAGUUCAGUUCGCUUGCUGUAGAUCCCAGUGGUGAUAUUGUCUGUGCAGGCACAAUGGAUACCUUUGAAAUUUAUGUGUGGAGUGUGCAGACCGGUAAGCUGCUCGAUAUCUUGGCCGGCCAUGAUGGACCCGUGAGCUCCCUUGCCUUCUCGCCCACAGAUAUGUUGUUGGCAAGUUCGAGCUGGGACCACACUGCCAGAACAUGGGACGUAUUUGGACGCAACAAGGUGAUCGAACUUUUACCCCAUCAAACCGAAGUGCUUGCUGUUACAUUCCGCCCUGAUGGAAAGCAGCUUGCCACAUCUACCCUGGAUGGCCAGAUCUGUUUCUGGGACGUAGAAGAAUCCAAGCUUUUGACAACUAUCGAAGGCCGAAAAGAUAUCUCUGGCGGACGUAAACUCAACGAUCGUACUACAGCCGAAAACGCAGCCUCUGGCAAGGCAUUCAACUCACUUUGUUACACUGCAGAUGGAUCAAGUAUCAUUGGUGGUGGAUCAAGCAAAUACAUCUGCAUUUACGAUAUCGAGACCAACGUUCUCAUCAAAAAGUUCCAGAUUUCAGAAAACCUUGCCUUGGAUGGUACCCAAGAAAAGCUCAACUCUAAAAAUAUGACCGAAUUCGGAAGUUUGGAAGAAAUGGAGGCAGACGAAGCUUCCGACCUCGAAGAUCGAUUAGACAACACAUUACCAGGUACACAAUCGGGCGAUCUGUCCGUACGUCGCACACGCCCAGAAGCCAAAUCAAAAGCCGUCCGUUUCUCGCCCACAGGUCGCGCAUGGGCCGCUGCCACCACAGACGGUCUUUUGAUCUAUUCAUUGGACGACUCAAUCAUGUUUGAUCCCUUUGAUCUCGAGAUCGACAUUACCCCAGAAUCUGUUAUGGAGGCACUUGAAGAAAAAGAAUAUCUUAAAGCAUUGUGUAUGGCCUUCCGUCUCAAUGAAAAAACUGUACUCCAUGAUGUAUUUGAGGGUAUUCCACCAGAUUCAGUAGACUUGGUCGCACGUGGAAUGCCCCAGAAAUACCUCCAAAAACUUCUCCAGUUUGUGGGUGUUCAUAUGGAGACCAGCCCUCACAUCGAAUUCCAUCUCAUCUGGGUUACCAGCAUCAUGACAGCACACGGAAGAUAUUUGAAAGAGCAUCGCGGUGAAUUCCAGGCUGUCUUUAGAGCAUUACACAAGGGCGUCAACCGUGUACGCGAUGAUAUUGCCAACUUAUGCGACUCAAACACCUACACUCUCAAAUAUCUCCUUAGCCAACAAGGCGUGACUUCACGGGCGGAGGCAAUGGCAGAAUAG